AUGAUCUUGGCGCGGCGUGCAAAUAUCGACAUCAAGCCUGUCCUAAGUAAGGAUGCUGCUAUAAACUACAUUGCCAAGUAUGCGACUAAGGCCGAGCAGCAGGCACCAGACUUCCCAGAACUGUUAUCUGAAAUAGUCAACACCUUAGAUCCCGAAACGACAGCUCAGUCUGCAUGUCAAAAGAUGCUUAACAAGAUGUUGGGAGAAUGGUUGUACUCUGCUCAGGAAACCACUCACCUCUUGUUAAGCAUUCCCCUUGUUCGUAGCUCUUCCGCAUUUCAACUGGUGUACAUUGGUGCCGAGGGUAGCAUGCGAGAACUUGGGGAAGAUGUUGUGGAUGACAGCGGGAACAAUCCAGAUGAUAGUGAUAGAAUGGUAACUGGGAAGUCAUUGUUUCAAUGGAGUUGGGAUGAUGAGAACCAUGAAUUAGAAGAUGAAGAGGACAAGGACGAAGAUAUCCCCAACCCUGACAUUAUCAACAUGACAGAAGAAGAUUGGCAAACAUGGGCACAUCUCCAUCCGAAUGUAUGA